GUGAGCCCGGACACGACAAAGCAACGGGGUAAAUAGCUUCUUAACAAAUGACACUGCACUGCUAUGAGGAGGCGGUAGACAAACAACCACCCAGAGUGUAUUAUAGCCAUAGACGGAGCCCUAAAGCCAACUAGAUCCCUCUGCUUCGUCUUCUUUCCUGAGACUCUCUAUUAUAGCUACAAGAUUUCGCUAUAGGAGUAUACACAAAACUAGGAAAAUGGCAUUAUUUACAGCCGCAUCCACGACACGGUUUUCCUCUACAAAGCAGCAGUCUGUCCACUUCAACAGCAUUGACGGUCCCAUCCCCACUCAUAGCACGAGGGCAAAUUUCCCACAAAAAAGAGCAAUUGCUAUGUCUACGAAUCUCGCUGUUAAGGCUUCCUUCACCAAGGGAGGUACUGGAGUCUUGGAACGCCCCACUUUUGAUCAAUCCCAGUUUGACCCUUCUUCUCAAGCUCUCGAAGGAGGGGAUAUCGGACGACUAAGUGAUAAGAGAGGUGUUGGGAGUGGAGAUAGCUAUAGAGUCUUGCUAAUUGACGAUGUUCGUCAUUCUGAAAGGUUAGUUGCAAAGGUAUUACCUCAAGCUGUUCCAUCAGUUACACCUGAUGAUGCUAGAAAACUAUUUCACGAGUCACGAGAAAAUGGCGUAGCAGUUGUUAUAGUCACAGUUAAGGAACAUGCUGAGUUUUACUCCCAGAUGAUGGUUCGCGGUGGAUUACGAUCAAUCAUUGAGCCAGAGUCGAAUUAUGUGUAAAGUUGUCAGCUAUAAACCAUUAUAUGCGAAGAUGAAAGUUAAGGUCAAGGGAAUUUUGGAAAUUACAUAGUUUUUCCUUUCCUCUUUCCAGAAAAAAGGAAGAAGAAAAAUAAAAAGGCUUAAAAAAAUAGAGAAGAGGGAAGGAGAUUCAGACACCAAGGAUAUGUACUAGUGGUUCUUUAGAAGAGCUUAAUUAUAUACUGUCUUCAAAACAUGAACCAAUAGUUAAAUCACGAGCAUGGUGACUUAUGUGAUCAA